GUUUUCGCUCACUGUCACAUACAACUAACGCCAGCGCGCACGUAUCACGAAAGCCGCAAAUCGCAACCGUGAUUUAUAAAAGACCUAAUAUAGAAUCUGUGAAUAAUAUAUGACCCAAACUGUUGACAAUCUGUGCACUAUAAAAGACCUUUUUUUAACGUUCGAAGUUUAAAUAUAUUUUUUUUGUGUCCGGGUUCGAAAUUGUGUUCUGUAUUAUUUAUGUGGUGUUUUUUGUUUUUAUUUUGUAAGUGAUUUGUUUUUAUAUUCAUCGCAGCAACAUUAAGGGCGAUGAUUGCGCACAGGUGAAGUGAAAAGAAAUUCUUCUUUGAGCAUCAAAAGAAGCUAAAGGAAGAUCGGGAAAAUGGAGAAAGAAAAUGGAACACCGCCGAUACGUAGCAACCUUGACACUUACAGCUCAAAAAUCGAGCUCGCAUACAAUGGCUCCCGAGAAGAUCUGGAUCCUUACGUACCUGCCGAUCAUAGGCCACUGGAGUCCAAUACGUCGAGCUUCGGCGCGCUGGCCCAUUUGCUCAAAGCGUCCCUGGGGUCAGGUAUCCUGGCGAUGCCGCUCGCGUUCAAGAACGCAGGGCUGGUCGUCGGGGUGUUCGCCACCAUCAUCAUAGGCUUCGUUUGCGCUCACGUCAUUCAUGUCUUGGUAAAAACGUCGCAACAACUCUGUGUAGAAAUCAAAAAACCAUCGCUGGGGUACGCGGAAACCUGCGAUUUGGUUUUCCAAAAUGGCCCAAAACCUAUCAGAAAAUAUGCACCUUAUGCCAGAGAACUGGCAGAUUGGGCGUUGGCGUUGACGCAUUUAGGAGCGUGCUGUGUCUAUGUCGUUGUAGUUGCUGAAUCUUUUAAACAAGUGUCAGAUGUAUACGGAGGUCCCGAUUGGUCGGUCACUGUGUUCUGCGCACUAACACUAGUUAUAUUAAUACCAUUGACACAAAUAACUAAGUUAAAAUACUUGGUGCCAUUCUCGGCGUUGGCCAACUUUGUGUGGCUCGCGUCUAUUUGUAUCUCGAUAUACUACUGCCUGAGAGAUCCGCCGCCCACCUCGUCCAGGAACUACGCUACUAGUAUCUCUGGACUUCCGACUUUUAUAAGCACAAGUUUGUUCGCCAUGGAAGGCAUCGGAGUGGUGAUGCCGAUAGAGAAUGAAAUGACCAAACCCCACCAGUUCCUGGGUUGCCCAGGAGUCCUCAACAUCGCUAUGAGUGCGGUGGUCGUUAUGUACGCCUUUGUUGGAUUUUGCGGGUACUUGAGUUUCGGAGAAGGCGUAAGAGGUAGUCUCACAUUGAACUUGCCUCAAGAAGAAAUACUAGCGCAAGUGGCGAAGAUAAUGGUGGCCUGUGUAAUGGUGCUGUCAUACGCACUGAUAUUCUACGUGCCGGUGGAUGUCGUGUGGCGCCGGCUGCAGGACAGGAUCCCAGCGCGGGGGCAUCGCUGGGGGCUGGGGGCACUGAGGUUCUUUGGAACCCUCUUAACAGUGGCUUUAGCCAGUGCGGUACCGCGGCUCGAACUCUUUAUGGAACUGGUGGGCGCUGUGUGUCUGUCCAUAAUGGGUCUCACGCUGCCUGCGAUAGUGGAGACAGUCUGGCUGUGGGGCAAAGACCUCGGCCCCUGCCACUGGAUCCUGUGGAAGAACUGCCUGAUUGUGAUAUUCUCUAUCAUCGCCCUAGUGUCAGGAGUUACGUUCUCUAUAAAGACUUUGUUGGAAACUUUGUGAUAAUUUUGGCUGUGAUCUCUUUCGCAGGUGUGAAAGGACUUUGAAAUAGGUAUAAGAAACAAUGACGUACUUCCGCCAUUUUGAAUUUUUCUGUAUUUAAAUGGUAUUUAAAUGUCGGCAUAUGCCGAGUUUCUUGCCGGGUUUAUCCAUCUAGAAACUACUACCGAUAGUAGAGUCUCUGGUAAUUGACAGAACCGUUACUAUAUGUGUUGUUGGUUGGUUCAGAUCUGAACUAGACUCCGCGCCACGAAAUAAGUCCUGCGGCUGAAACCUGAAGUAAAACAGCGCCUUACAAAUGUCAAUGAGUGCCAUUGGAACAUUAGCUACGUGUCUACGGGACUUGUUUAGUGGCGCGGAGUCUAUUUACAAAGUGACAUAAUAAAUAGUUCAGUUUUGAACCUGAGUUCGAUCCUGUAUUAUAAUCACGAUGUUGAGAAAAGGAAAUUUAAAAGUAAACUGGUAAAUUUAAUCAAUAAUUCCAUUUCCGCUACAAAUAAACGAAUUUAACAUUAUACGUAAAUUAAUUUCCCUAUUAGGUUUAUUAGUAACAUUGAUAAGUGUUGUAAGAUUAAUUUAGUAAGUUUACUAUUCACUGCAUUGUACAUAUAUGAUCGAAAUUUCGCUUUGAAUUCCGCUCAUCUAUUUUGGAUAGAUGAUCAAAUAUUUAAAUGUUUACAUUACUCGACUAGAUAUCGGCAUAUAUUUAAUGUAAAACACAAAAUGCAUUUGUGCGUUUAGACACUAUUCCCACUUCCGAUAUCGAGUCGGUAAUCUGGGAAAACAUUUGUAUUAUUAAGCGCCUGUGUAUUGUAUAAAAUAAAAAUGUCAGAAAUAUAAUUUGCUAUUAGA